GAGCACGACAGGUGUAUUUCAUUCAGAGCAGGCAAAAUUUUUGAUAUUACAUAUUUCAGCCACACAAACACAUCUCUUCCAAAUUUGUGCACUCUCUAAAUUGAAAUUAGAACUGCUGCAGGCCAGUGGCGAAUUCGAGGGACAGAAGGAGUUUAUUUGUUCAACGAAAAAAUUAAUUGAGCUCCAUGGAUAGAAUCCACAAGUCGGAUGAGGCAUUUGACCAUUCCAUGUCCAGCAGCAGUCGUCGAGUCAUGUGGAAGCUCAAUGAUGAGGAGGAAACCUUCGACUCCCUGGUCAAUUAUCGCCGUGUUCCUGUUCGUAACUCGUCAGUAUCCGCCCAGCAGAAUCGAAGUCAGGUCACUGAUGUGCCCACCAGGAGACGCACGGCCAGCGAAAACUGGCUGUUACUCCUGCGCGAGCUGGGCAAGAAGAGGAUCGGCACCGAAGAGCGCGAGGCGGCCAACAAGGCGGUCAACCUGAAGGAGCCGGUGUGGAAGGCCAACCAUUCGUCGGCCACCUCUUUGCCGGAUAUAAAGGAGACCAGCGCCAAGGAACGGGCGGUCAUCUACUGGCGGCGUCUCUUCGACGGUAUUCAUAAGCGGCAGAAAGUGGUAGAAUUAGCGGAAGAUGAUCCGGCGGAUAUUGUGCUGACCGCGAAGCCCAGCCUGGCGUUGCGCUACAAGCCCUCCCACGAGUCGCUGAAGUACAAGCGGAGCAAGGAUUCGUCGACGGAGCGGUUCCCUAGCACUUCCCGGGUUCUGGUGACCGAUCUCAAACUGGAGUCCUUCAGCCUGCCGCCGCAGCAGACGUGCGUGGUGCGCGAGGUGGAGCCAAGGUUUGCCCACCGAAAACGCAUGUCGAUAACCCAUGACACGGACUCGUGCUGCUCCGGCGAGCUGGAGGUCCCCAAGAACAGUCCUGUCCAGGACCAGGAUCCAGGACCCAGGCUGCGCAGCGAGCUGAUCAGUGUCCAUGUUUCGGCGCCCACGGCGCGGCGAAGUACAUCCCCGAUUAGGCGUCGCACUGCGGCGAGCAAGGUGUCCGCUGGGACGAAAGCAGGCUCAUCCCCAGUGACUGCCACUGCGGCGGGGGGCAACAAGGGAUCCAGCGCCAGUAGCGGAAGUGCCGGAACCACCCAUCUCCCCACUUUCCGGCAGCGCCAGCAGGAGCUUCAUCGCUAUCGCGUCAUGAUCGAACGGCGGCGCCUUGAUCUCCUGGAGCUUAAGAUAGCCCGCGAACGGGAGGAGGCGCUGCACAGCGAGAUCCUGUUCCACAAGGACCUGCAGAUCAAGGACAACGUUAUCAAGGCGUAUGACGACAACGACUGCUUAAACGCUUAGGACUUUUCCAAUUCUUCGGCACCCUGUUUCGGCUCUAAACUCAUAAUAUUUUUCAAUAGUUCGAAAAAGGCCCUGGCCGCAGUAGUUCAAAACUCUCACUCAAAAUAAACCAAAAACAUUUCAAACUAUAAA